AUGGUGGGGUCGAUUUCGUCAGAUAAAGUUGGCUUGACUCCCUCACUCUCCUCGCCCCCUCCCUCGCUUCUCACCUUCCUCGCACGCGCCCAAAAUUCCCAUACGGCACUGCACCCCACACGUUCCCUACACCGACACCACUCACAACACGCCACGUCUCCUCCACAAGCAAUUCAACCGUUCCCAUUGGUCGGCAAGACCGACAAAAACCCACCCUCAUCUGCAACACAGAAACCCCAACUCUCUCUCUCUCUUCUCUUCACAUUCAUCUUCCCCCAUUCCUCAAAUCUCCUCUCUCUCUCUCUCUAUAUUGAGCACCCGCCUCGUGGGCUUAGGCUAGAACUGGCGUUAUCUCAAGAAACCGACGAUUCUUCUUCCGAUUCCAGCAAUCACCAGCUGGUUCUGAAACUCUAUGACGCCUUGAGCACCCGUGACGUGGCCACCGUGCACGCCGUCCUCGCCGCCGACCUCGAGUGGUGGUUCCAUGGUCCGCCGACCCACCAGUUCUUGAAGCGCCUGCUGACCGGCUGCGACAACAAGAACGACGCGUCGUUUCAGUUCCAUCCCCAGUCUGUUUGCUCCGUCGGCCCCGUCGUCCUAGUGGAGGGCUGUGACCCAGAGCAGGAGAUCUCCUGGGUACACGCCUGGACCGUCACGGAUGGGAUAAUCACCCAGGUCAGGGAGUACUUCAACACUUCCCUCACCGUCACCCGCCUCGGGAACUCCACCAGCUCCGCCAAACCCACCCCAUCCAAGUUCUCCAAAUCGACGUCCGAGAUUACAUCGUACCACUGCCCCUCCGUCUGGGAGAGCUCCAACCGGGUCGGGAAGUCGGUUCCGGGUCUGGUCCUCGCAAUCUAAGUCAGUUCGUGUGGCGCGUGGUUUUUACUUUUUAAUAGGGGGUUAUUAUUAUCCAAAUAAAGAGGGGGAUAACGUGUCGUGCUCUGGGUGGCUCCUGCAGAUGAGCUGAAGCUACUGGGGUCACGGAGAUGUAAGACCCGUUAAGGAUUUGUUUGUUUGGUUUCGGGUUGUUGUCGUUUAGUUUGGUUUUGUUGUUUGUUUGUGUGUGUGCUGGUGUCGGGUGGAACUAUGGGGUCGAGGGCCUUUUGGUCAUAUCCUGACGCGUCUAUGUUAAGGUAUUCUUAUCGAGCAAUAAAAGCGUGUGUUUUCGAUAA